AUAAGCCACAUUGUUGCACCAAACUCCAGAGCAGGAGUCCCAGGACCGCACAGGCUACGCGGCGUUACCCAGCUUGGGAGAUCCAAGGGCGGGAGCAUCACGCCAGUGACCCUGAGAAGCGCGAUCGUCGGAGUGGAGCAGCACUGUCAUUCUUACCAAGUUGAGCCUUAGUGACCCUGCGGCUGAAGUUAGUGACUGGACUCUGGGCAACUAUACCCAUCUCCAGGUGUGAGACUUAGGCACUUUCUAGUAGUUGUGACUUAAAAAAGGAUAUCUGUUUCUGGAGACUCGAGGCCCCCAGCUGGUGAGCCAUCGUGGUUAACCUUCUUUGUGUGACUCCUAGAGUCCUCGAUCCCAGCUGGACACCCGGGCCUGGGUACAAAGCGGUCGUACAGCAUUGCGCUCCUUGGCUAGCGCUCGAGCCUCGGUUUCUCUACCCGGGUCCCGUCUCGUCGCAGCAGGAUGAUCGCCUCGCAUAUGAUCGCCUGCUUAUUCACCGAGCUCAACCAAAACCAAGUGCAGAAGGUUGACCAAUAUCUGUACCACAUGCGUCUCUCAGAUGAGACCCUUCUGGAGAUUUCUAGGCGGUUCCGGAAGGAGAUGGAGAAAGGACUAGGAGCCACCACGCACCCGACUGCGGCUGUGAAAAUGCUGCCCACCUUCGUGAGGUCGACUCCGGAUGGGACAGAACAUGGAGAGUUCCUGGCUUUGGACCUCGGAGGAACCAACUUCCGUGUGCUUCGAGUACGGGUGACAGACAAUGGCCUCCAGAAGGUGGAGAUGGAGAACCAGAUCUAUGCCAUCCCCGAGGACAUCAUGAGGGGCAGUGGAACCCAGCUGUUUGACCACAUUGCCGAGUGCCUGGCCAACUUCAUGGACAAGCUGCAAAUCAAAGCGAAGAAGCUCCCACUGGGCUUCACCUUCUCGUUCCCCUGCCACCAGACGAAACUAGAUGAGAGUUUCUUGGUCUCAUGGACCAAGGGGUUCAAGUCCAGUGGUGUGGAAGGCAGAGAUGUGGUGGAUCUGAUCCGGAAGGCUAUCCGUCGCAGAGGGGACUUUGACAUUGACAUUGUGGCCGUGGUGAAUGACACAGUUGGGACCAUGAUGACCUGUGGUUAUGAUGAUCAGAACUGUGAGAUUGGUCUGAUUGUGGGUACUGGCAGUAAUGCCUGCUAUAUGGAGGAGAUGCGUCACAUUGACAUGGUAGAGGGUGACGAGGGACGGAUGUGCAUCAACAUGGAGUGGGGAGCCUUUGGGGACGAUGGUACCCUCAAUGACAUCCGCACGGAGUUUGACCGAGAAAUCGACAUGGGCUCACUGAACCCUGGGAAACAGCUGUUUGAGAAGAUGAUCAGCGGGAUGUACAUGGGGGAGCUGGUCAGGCUCAUCCUGGUGAAGAUGGCUAAGGAAGAGCUGUUAUUUCAGGGGAAGCUCAGCCCAGAACUCCUUACCACUGGCUCCUUUGAAACCAAAGAUGUAUCAGAUAUCGAAGAGGAGAAGGAUGGAAUACAGAAGGCCUACCAGGUCCUGGUGCGUCUGGGUCUGAGUCCGUUGCAGGAGGACUGUGUGGCCACACACCGAAUCUGCCAGAUUGUGUCCACGCGCUCGGCCAGCCUGUGCGCAGCCACCCUGGCCGCCGUGCUGUGGCGAAUCAAGGAGAACAAGGGCGAGGAGCGUCUUCGCUCCACCAUCGGUGUUGAUGGCUCUGUCUACAAGAAACAUCCCCAUUUUGCCAAGCGUCUCCACAAGGCCGUGAGGAGGCUGGUGCCCGACUGUGACGUUCGCUUCCUCCGGUCUGAGGAUGGCAGCGGCAAAGGGGCUGCUAUGGUGACAGCCGUGGCUUACCGGCUGGCUGACCAGCACCGGGCCCGCCAGAAGACCCUGGAGUCCCUGAAGCUGAGCCACGAGCAGCUGCUGGAGGUCAAACGGAGGAUGAAGGUGGAGAUGGAGCAAGGGCUGAGCAAGGAGACACAUGCUGACGCCCCUGUGAAGAUGCUGCCCACUUACGUGUGUGCCACCCCCGAUGGCACAGAGAAAGGAGACUUUCUGGCUUUGGAUCUUGGAGGAACAAAUUUCCGGGUCCUGCUGGUGCGCGUGCGCAACGGGAAGCGGAAGGGUGUGGAGAUGCAUAAUAAGAUCUACUCCAUCCCGCAGGACGUCAUGCACGGCACUGGAGAAGAGCUCUUUGAUCACAUCGUCCAGUGCAUCGCGGACUUCCUAGAGUACAUGGGCAUGAAGGGCGUGUCUCUGCCGCUGGGUUUCACCUUCUCCUUCCCCUGCCGGCAGAACAGCCUGGACCAGAGCAUCCUCCUCAAGUGGACAAAGGGCUUCAAGGCAUCUGGCUGUGAGGGCGAGGAUGUGGUCACCUUGCUGAAAGAGGCCAUUCACCGGCGAGAGGAGUUUGACCUGGAUGUAGUCGCUGUGGUGAAUGACACAGUUGGGACUAUGAUGACUUGUGGCUAUGAAGACCCUCACUGUGAAGUCGGCCUCAUCGUUGGUACUGGGAGCAAUGCCUGCUACAUGGAAGAGAUGCGGAAUGUGGAGCUGGUGGAUGGAGAGGAGGGGCGGAUGUGUGUCAACAUGGAGUGGGGGGCCUUCGGGGACAACGGCUGCCUGGAUGACUUCCGCACAGAGUUUGAUGUCGCUGUGGAUGAGCUCUCUCUCAACCCUGGCAAACAGAGAUUUGAGAAGAUGAUCAGCGGCAUGUACUUGGGCGAGAUUGUGCGCAACAUCCUCAUCGAUUUCACUAAGAGAGGGCUGCUCUUCCGUGGCCGCAUCUCUGAGCGCCUCAAGACAAGGGGGAUCUUUGAGACAAAGUUCCUGUCUCAGAUCGAGAGUGACUGCCUGGCCCUGCUGCAGGUCCGGGCCAUCCUGCGCCACCUGGGGCUGGAGAGCACCUGUGACGACAGCAUCAUCGUGAAGGAGGUGUGCACCGUGGUCGCCCGGCGUGCGGCCCAGCUCUGUGGUGCAGGCAUGGCUGCCGUGGUGGACAAGAUAAGAGAAAACCGAGGACUGGAGAACCUCAAAGUGACUGUGGGUGUGGACGGGACUCUCUACAAGCUCCAUCCUCACUUUGCCAAAGUCAUGCACGAGACAGUGAAAGAUCUGGCUCCCAAAUGUGACGUGUCCUUCCUGGAAUCUGAGGACGGCAGUGGGAAGGGCGCGGCUCUGAUCACUGCAGUGGCCUGCCGCAUCCGUGAGGCCGGGCAGAGGUAGAGCCGGAGACCAGACAAGGACUUCUGCUUCACGGCCACUUCCCCGCUUUAGUUUAAAUGACGAGGAUGAACCCUUGGCAUUUCCUCAGCAGAGGACCCUGUGAGACUGAGAUUUUUGUCUCUUUAUGUUCACCGUAGAGUUUGACGCCCAAUCCUUGACCUUCCCGAGAAUCAGAAUUACGGAACUGUUCAUCCCUCCUCCAUUUUACUUCCUGUACAAUCCUAUGGGAUGGAGAGAGUCCUGGUUGCCUCGUUUUGGGUCUGAAUGUGACAUUUGUAGGUGGAGAACAUCUCCCUGAGAGGAUGUUUGCCUCUGACAUUGGGGAGGAGGAGAAGGAGGAGGAGGACAGGGACAUCACCCGGGUGGCCGGAAGUCUGCCCCUUCUUCAACUCAACCAUAAACAUCUCCCUGCCAGUUCUAACACUUGCUGUCCUGGAAUAGAGAAGCCAAACCAAAGCCAAGAGUUGACACCUCCUUCAGGUGUUUGUGGCUUUACCUCACAUGGCAUCAUCCAUGAACAACAGACCUUGGCCGGGGGUCGGGUGGGGUGGUGGCUUUUGGUAGCUUUUUAAUGUUUUUUCCUCCCGCUGCAGAAGUGGAAACACUUUUUUUGUUUGUUUGUUUUGUUUUUUAAUUUAUGUUUUGAAAUUUAUUUAGUUUGUGAAGCAGCUCCUCUCCUUCAUUGUGUAAUGGUUAAUUGUAAUUAAUGUAUUUAUAUGUCCCCUUGUUUUGUACAUAGCUGGCCAGGCUCUCGUGACUCGGCCUCAUUAGUAGAUUGCUAUAGUUCAGGAUGUGAGGUGGAGACACUGACUGGCUCCUAGAAACACCUCAUUCACCUACAGGAAGAGGAGAGGUGUGUUGGGUGAACGGCAGAGCACCAGCCUCCAGGCUUCUCCUUCCUCCGCGGUCUGAGGAGUGGGGGCAGGGGGGACAGGGAUGGAGACAGGCCGGCCCCCUGGAUGGAGGAAACCACAGCAGCUGGCCGCUCUGUCCGCUUUCCUGAGUGAUGUCGCCUUGGAUGCUAGCCAAAGGAUACUGAAGGACUUGUUCAAAUGCUCACUGCUUAGAAAACUGUUUGCAGGUCAGUCAGUGUUAUAGAACGGUUCGGCAAGCUAAAGGAAGCCACGAAAAACUGUUUUUGAAACUGUCUCCGAUUUUUCAAAACAAACCAAAUGAAGCAGCAAAUGAAGCAAGCAAACCAAACCUCAGGGACGUCGAACCUCUGCCCUCUUGGUAGAUUCCACCCCGGGCUUGUCUUGUGUUUUAAAGAGGCGCUGUCUGUCUCUCUGCUUCCCUGGACUGAACUGCAUUGAGCUGUGACUCACUUUUUUUUUUUUUUUUUAUACAUGCUAUUUAUUUCAGACUGUUCGAGGAACAGGGGGGUCACGGAAGCCCUGACCUCUGCUCUCCGAGCAUACGGUUCACUCUGAAUCCAAAAGUUCGCUUCUGCCCUAAAAAUAUUAAAUUGACCGUCAACAUUAAACCUGGCUAUGGCAUAAAAAAGAGGGGACAGCCUUGUAACACUAAUAAAUAGGAUGCACCAAGAGAAACUCA